GUCCCACUACCUACCUACCUACCUAUCAAUCUUUUAUUUAAAGAACUCUACGAAGAUGUCCUCAAUUCUUGCUGUUUUUGGCGCCACAGGCAAACAAGGUAGCUCCGUUGUUAAUUACGUGCUCAACGAUCCGGAGCUCUCUCGGAAAUACAAGAUCCGUGCCAUUACGCGUGAUGUAAAUUCGGAGAAAGCAAAAAAACUCGAGGAGAAAGUCGAAGUUGUCCGGGGCGAUGUGCUUGAUCGAAGCUCGCUUGGUACAGCUUUAGCUGGUGUGCACACAGUCUUCGCGGUAACAACUCCCUUCGCGACAAAUGUGCCAUUAUUUGGCCCAAAGGGUCUUGAGUCCGAGUACAACCAGGCCAAAAACAUUGCGGACGCCGCGGUCGAACAAGGCGCCCAGUACAUUAUCUUCAGUACGCUGCCUUCUCCCACGAAAAUUUCCGGUGGCAAGUGGACUAGCGUCACCCCCUUCGACGCGAAGGAAAAGGCUGAGCAAUAUAUUCGAGGUCUCCCCAUCAAGAGCGCCUUUGUUAGCCCAGGUGGCUUCAUGGAGAAUUAUGUUGACCUUGGCUUUUGGUCUCCAAAACGGACCCCCGACGGUGGCUGGAUCUUGGUAGGCAGUGCUUCUCCCAAGGCCGAAUACCCUUUGGUCGACGCAGUCGGGAAUACGGGCAAUUUCGUUGGCGCAAUACUCGCCGAACCCGACAAGUAUGAAGGGAAGAUAUUUCAUGCUGCCACUGCGCUAUAUAGCUGGGAGGAGAUAGCCGCCAUCAUAUCUAAGGCCACGGGCAAAAAUGUUGUCUACAAGCAAACGCCGGUUGAAGAACUUGAAAAGAUGAUCCCGUUCGGGGCAGAGGUCUUCAUCGACGGAUUUCAAUUCAUGGAAGAAUUCGGUUAUUAUGGUCCGGAUAGUAGGAAGCUGAUCGCUUGGGCUGUUGAUAACGCUCGAGGCAAACUCACCACGUUCGAGGAGUACUUGAGCACGCACCCUGUUCAGAUGGAAUAAGGGAUGACGAUGCAGCUUGGUAUGAACAGAAUGCGCUUUUAUCGUUAUUUGUACUUGACGGAUACGCUCGUUUUCUUCGUCUCUUUCUUCUCGAGGAAUUAUUCCGUAGCGCUUUACUCGCCUGUCGAUCGUUGGUUAUCUGUAUUUUGCUUGUUACAUGUCGUGUCAAUAAAGGAGAGUUAGA